AUGAUCGUCAUGCACCAUCGCCAUAAACCAUCGGCAAAUACCACCACCAAGCAGCAUCACCAUCGCCAUGUACCAACGAUUCACACCAUCAUCAUGCACUAUCGCCACGCACCAUCGUCAUGCACCAACAUACACCCUCGCCAAGCACCAUCAUGCACCAUCGCCACGCUCCAUCACCAUACACCCUCGCCACGCACCAUCAUGCACCAUCGCCAUACACCCUCGCCACGCACCAUCAUGCACCAUCGCCAUACACCCUCGCCACACACCAUCGUCAUGAACCAUUGUUAUACACCAUCGUCAUAUAACAUCGCCAUGCACCAUCAUCAUGCACCAUCGUUAUGCUUCCCGCUUUCUUCCUCGCACCGACCGAACGGCCCCUUAAGCGAGGUGCUUGGAGACAACACACGCCCUUUAAGUGGCCGUCUAAAAAGUGUUCGGAGAAGCCCCAUAGACGCGCACUUAACGCCGUCGUAA